UUCCCAUAUCGGAGCACCAUAUUUUAACGUCGACGAAAUUUUUAACACUAUCAUAUCAGGAAAACAAGGAAUCAUAAAUUCACAAAUUAUAGAACCUAAACAAUUCUUAACAACACUCAACCAAAUAACAAAACAAAACAUUAUGAGUAACCAUAUCGAACCUUCAGUUGAAAACUUUCAACUAAUUCUAGAUCUAAGUAAAUUAAAAUUAUGGACAAAUGAUAACAAACUUAUAUAUACGAUAACUGUGCCACUUUUAGAAGAUAACGAGUGGAAAAUUUAUCCGAUACCUUUCAAGCAAAACUCUGUAUUUAUCAUACCUAUAGUAGAAACUGACUUAAUACUGACCAACUCGGAACAAUACACCUUUGUCCAUAGCCACUACUUAAAUAAAUAUUGUAAACGAACGGCAAUCGUCCACAUUUGUAAGAGAACUCAAACAAGCCACAAUAGAAUCAAUUCACCUGAAUGUAGAAUCGAAUUAAUUAAUAAUCAACAGAUAGUAAAAACUUGCCCAACGGCCGUAUUCAAGUUGAAAGAAUUGACGUUCGUACCCUUACAGACUGAAAAUCAUUAUAUCAUUAUCCCUAUGAAAAAUGUGCAGAUCGACGUAUUAUGUAAAACACAUAAAAUCUUAGAAAUCGAACAACCGAGUUUAAUUAGCAGCAAAACCGGAUGUAUAAUCACACGGGAGUUCAAUAUUAUGAAAAUAGGAGAAAUACAUAAAAAUAUUUCUUACGAAAUCAAAAUUAAAAAUAGUUCACACAGUUUCAAAGAAAUAGACAUUCCAACGCUAGAAGAAAUAUUAGAAACCGCUCCAAAAGUAACUCACAAUUUUAAUCAAUGUAAAGCCAACCUCGAUACGUUACAGACACAAGUCAAUAGCUUACAAUUUGAACGGCGUAUAAACUCACUCAGAGAAUAUGGCACAUCAACAUUACAAAUAUUAGGACACAUAGCCCUAGGACUAGGAACAGUAUAUAUAUUAUAUAAAUGUAAACUUUUCGAAUGUCUAAGUCGAGUAAUUCCUAAAAAUCCCACGGGACCGUCACUUUCCAAAACAUUACAGGAAAUGAAGAUAACGGAAUCAUUCAAAACAGACGAUCCACCAGAGCCAUACGCAACGGAGCAAAGCGAAUCUAAGAAGGGGGAAUAUCACACGCUCAAGGAGGGCCAUCCGCUCAGAAGCAGUGAUCAAAUAGCCCAAACAUCCUGCAAGCUACUACUAUCGAAACAAUAACUAAAUGUUAACUGAAUAGCCGCCUCUGAUAUACAUCCGACGAUAACCCCUCCAAAGGGAUUAAAACCUCCAUAUAAAAACCCUCCUAAAUAAGCGCUCACACAUUAUUCUGUUGUAACAGUUUGAA